CUCCCUGCAGGGCGGGGUCUGAUUGACUUCAAGAAGGAGUCAGAGAUCAGCUUAAGGGCAAAGGCUGGAAGCAGAGCGAACUGGGAGCAGAGCACACAGAGCAAUGGAGCGAGAGACGCCCGCCCUGGGCUGGGCCGUGGCUGCCAUCCUGAUGCUGCAGAUGGCCAUGGCGGAGCCCUCCCUGGGAACUCUGCACAGGAAGGCAGGGGUGUUUUCAGACCUGAGCAACCAAGAGCUGAAAGCAGUGCACAGCUUCCUCUGGUCCAAGAAGGAGCUGAGGCUGCAGCCCUCUAGGGCCCCCACCAUGACCAAGAACACUGUGUUUCUCAUCGAGAUGCUGCUGCCCAAGAAGCACCAUGUGCUGAGGUUUCUGGAUAAAGGCGAAAGGCAGCCUGUGCGGGAAGCCCGUGCCGUCAUCUUCUUUGGUGACCAGGAGCACCCAAAUAUCACUGAGUUUGCUGUGGGGCCCCUGCCAGGGCCCCGCUACCUGCGAGCACUGUCCCCCAGGCCUGGGCACCAGUCCUCCUGGGCAUCGAGGCCCGUCUCCACAGCAGAGUAUGCCCUCCUCAGCCACACCCUGCAGGAAGCCACCAAGCCCCUGCAUCAGUUCUUCCUCAAUACCACAGGCUUCUCAUUCCAAGACUGCCAUGACAGAUGCCUGGCCUUCACCGACGUGGCCCCCCGGGGCAUGGCUUCUGGCCAGCGCCGCAGUUGGCUCAUCAUACAGCGCUAUGUAGAAGGCUACUUUCUGCACCCCACUGGGCUGGAGCUCCUCGUGGAUCAUGGGAGCACAGAUGCCCGGCACUGGGCCGUGGAGCAGGUGUGGUACAACGGGAAGUUCUAUGGGAGCCCAGAGGAACUGGCUCGGAAGUAUGCAGAUGGAGAGGUGGACGUGGUGGUCCUGGAGGACCCACUGCCUAGGGGCAAGGGGCAUGAGAGCACAGAGGAGCCGCCCCUCUUCUCCUCCUACAAGCCCCGCGGGGACUUCCCCAGCCCCAUCCAUGUGAGCGGCCCCCGCUUUGUCCAGCCCCACGGCCCUCGCUUCAGGCUGGAGGGCAAUGCUGUGCUCUAUGGGGGUUGGAGCUUUGCCUUCCGGCUGCGCUCCUCCUCCGGGCUGCAGGUCCUGAACGUGCAGUUUGGUGGAGAGCGCAUUGCCUAUGAGGUCAGCGUGCAAGAGGCAGUGGCCCUGUAUGGAGGACACACACCUGCAGGCAUGCAGACCAAGUACCUCGAUGUGGGCUAUGGCCUGGGCAGCCUCACUCAUGAGUUAGCCCCCGGCAUCGACUGCCCGGAGACUGCCACCUACCUGGACACCUUCCACUACUAUGACAGCGAUGACCCGGUCCAUUAUCCCCGAGCCCUCUGCCUCUUUGAAAUGCCCACAGGGGUGCCCCUUCGGCGGCACUUUAAUUCCAACUUUAAAGGUGGCUUCAACUUCUAUGCCGGGCUGAAGGGCCAGGCGCUGGUGCUGCGGACAACUUCAACUGUCUACAAUUAUGAUUACAUUUGGGACUUCAUCUUCUACCCCAACGGGGUGAUGGAGGCCAAGAUGCAUGCCACUGGCUACGUCUACGCCACCUUCUACACUCCUGAGGGGCUGCGCCACGGCACUCGCCUGCACACCCACCUGAUUGGCAACAUACACACUCACUUGGUGCACUACCGCGUUGACCUGGAUGUAGCAGGCACCAAGAACAGCUUCCAGACACUACAGAUGAAGCUAGAAAAUAUCACCAACCCCUGGAGCCCGAGACACCGCGUUGUCCAGCCGACCGUGGAGCAGACGCGGUACUCCCGGGAGCGCCAGGCGGCCUUCCGCUUCAAAAGGAAGCUGCCCCGGUACCUGCUCUUUACCAGCCCCCAGGAGAACCCCUGGGGCCACAAGCGCAGCUACCGCCUGCAGAUCCACUCCAUGGCUGACCAGGUGCUGCCCCCAGGCUGGCAGGAGGAGCAGGCCAUCACCUGGGCAAGGUACCCCCUGGCAGUGACCAAGUACCGGGAGUCAGAGCUGUGCAGCAGCAGCAUCUACCACCAGAACGACCCCUGGGACCCGCCCGUGGUCUUUGAGAAGUUUCUUCACAACAAUGAGAACAUUGAAAAUGAGGACCUGGUGGCCUGGGUGACGGUGGGCUUCCUGCACAUCCCCCACUCAGAGGACAUUCCCAACACAGCCACACCUGGGAACUCCGUGGGCUUCCUGCUCCGGCCAUUCAACUUCUUCCCAGAGGACCCCUCCCUGGCAUCCAGAGACACUGUGAUCGUGUGGCCUCGGGACAACGGCCCCAACCACGUCCAGCGCUGGAUCCCUGAGGACAGGGACUGCUCGAUGCCUCCCCCUUUUAGCUACAAUGGGACCUACAGACCCGUGUGACCAGCCCCUGCCCCCAGUUCCUCCCAAGAAGCCCAGGAGCCUCACUGGGGCAGACAAUAAACCCUCAGAGCUUCA